AUGCUUAUUAAGUUUAUUCUAGAAAAGAAGAAGCAAAGUCAUCAAUCAGACUAUAAAGUAAAGUUCUGUACAAACAGCUUCAACAAGUCCCAACAGACAGACAAAAAGAAUAAGAAUCAGAUAAAGACUAGAGUUAUAAAGCUCAUGCAAGGUCCAGAUCAAAUAUUAGAAAGACAGAGUGUUAAUUCAAUAAAGAAGGCAAGCAGACACAAGCAAGCUGCACUGUUGAACUCAGAUACUACAGUGGACAGUAUCUUCUACAAACUGAUAUCUCAAUUAAACUGGAAUCAACUAGAGAUACUUAUAGAAGUUAUUAAGAUGUUGAACAGAGCUGAGGCUGAUUGA